AUGUGCACCAGUGCUGGUAAGGAUAUAGGUACUUGUUGCAUCGCGAGUAAUACGAAGGGUUUGGAUUUAAUCUUGCGACGUGGUCACAGAAUUUUGAAUAAAUUAAUGGUGGAGGAACAGUUAUUAGAAAGUCUGGAAAGUCUAAAUAAUAUGAAAAAUCUUAAAAGUCCAAAGUCCGAAAGAACGACAAAUUUUGGAAACUCUGAAAAGUUUACAAAGCCUGAGAAUUCUGAAAACUCUGAAAAGUCUACGAAACCUGAAAAUUCUGAAAACUCUGAAAAGUGUACGAAGCCUGAAAAUUCUGAAAACUCUGAAAAGUGUACGAAGCCUGAAAAUCCUGAAAACUCUGAAAAGUUUAUGAAGCCUGAAAAUUCUGAAAAAUUUACGAAACCUGAAAAUUCUGAAAACUCUGAAAGGUCUGUGAAGCCCUUAAUUCUGAAAACUCUGAAAAUCUUGGAAAGUGAAAAGCCUGAAAAUCCUGGAAAGAUUGACAGCUUUGGAAAGCUUAUGAAAUCUGAAAAAUGUCUUAAAAAUCAUUGA